UUGGCGGCAGGCCGCGGGUUUUAAGAAACAAUAUGUUUAAAAUAAUAUAGGAACACCUCUGCCUAGUUAAAAACAUACACAUAUUCAAUACAUUCUCAUAUCUCCCUCACAGUUAUGUUUGUAGUGGACUCCAAAAUGGUGGCGGAGUAAGUGGAAGCUACACUGACAUGCUCCCAGGACCAAACUGGAAAUAAAACUAAAAUACAGAAGAACCACUCUGAAAAUCAACUGAGGACCAGCUGAAGAGAACCCUGAUAACCGAGGACGGAAAGCGGAGACCGCAUAGAGACUGAAACCAUGAAUAGAGGCUCUGAAAUCCACAUUUUUUGGGGUGCUCCAAUUGGUCCAUUGAAAAUGAUGGUAUCACAGGAACCAACUUCUUUAAUGUCCACUACUGACCCCUGGAAAAAAGUUCAGCUUUUAUACAAUCAACAUUCUUUACAUCUGAAGGAUGAAAAAUGCAAGAAUAAAAAUGUGGAAGAUUAUCAAAUCCUAGACGCUGCUGCCCCUCCAGAUCUUCUUAAUGGUCAUUGUUUAGGAAGCUCUCUGAGUAGAUCUGUUUCUGUGAACGAUGACUGUAUACACUGUAUUUCCGAAACACAGACUCGAAAAUUCCAGAAGAGUCACCCCUUAGGGAUGAGUGACUUAACCAAAUCUGAUGUCCAAAUAUGUGGAUGUAAAGAACGAGUUCAGCAUUUAACUGAAGAGGAAGAAUAUCAGAAGCUUUUCAGUGAAAAUAAGAAAAUCACAGUUGAACAGCAUAAACAUCAAUCAAAUAUAUGUGGUCAAAAUGUCCAAAAACAUUUCUUUCAGUUAGACCAUGAGUGUGCAACUGCAUGGGAUUUGGUGUGUAAUACUGAGCAGAUUAACACAGGGCCAGGAGCUAUCGGCAUGAGGUGUAUACCAACAGAGCAUCAUGGAAUUCAAAACCAGGGUCUGGAAAAGAGCUCUUUGACCACACGAGAUAAGCCAAGGUCUGCGGGAGCAGUCAGGAAGGUCUCAGACCUUACGGCAUCUACUGAAACGGAAUUCCUCAGUAUAAUGACCUCCAGCCAAUUUGCUUUUUUAGCUCAAAGGAUAAAUAAAGGGGAGAGUUCUAUAAAUAAAGGGACAGUGAACACAGAGGUUGAAGCUGAAACAAGUCCUGGGGAAAUAAAAAUAAUUAAAGAUAAGUUGAUUCAGCCUGAUGAUUUUGUAGGAAGAUAUGAAAGUAGACAAAACCAAGCAUAUUCUCUUGAACUUUUCAGUCCUGUUUUUCCUGAAACAAAAAGUAGCCACAUUCACAUAAAGUCUGAUAAAGGUCUUAAAGAAAAUGUGGAAUCUCAAGAACUUUUCAGUUUUGAAGUUAAACUUCCAUCAAAUGAGAUACGUAUUGAGUCAUGUAGGUCCGGAAUUCUGUGUUCUCAAGCAAAUGCCUUCCACAAAAGUCCUACGAAACGGAAUUGGACCUCUGAAGACAAAUCGGGCCAUCUCAAAGUCCUCCAAGUUUCUAAGAAAACUAAGUUGGUUUCUAAUGCAGGAGGUCCUACUACAGCAAAAGACCAGAGGAGUGUGUCGGAAUUCAAGGGCAUUAAGAAAACAUCAUUAAUAAAAAAUUGUGAUUCCAAAAGUCAGAAGUAUAAUUGUUUAGUCAUGGUGUUAUCUCCAUGUCAUGUGAAAGAAAUAAAUAUAAAAUCUGGACCAAAUUCGGGCUCUAAAGUGCCUUUAGCAACAGUUGUGGUAAUUGACCAGUCAGAAAUUAAGAAGAAGGUUUUUCUGUGGAGGACUGCCGCACUUUGGGCCCUGACAGUGUUCCUUGGAGAUAUAAUUUUACUCACAGAUGUUACUGUUUAUGAAGAUCAUUGGGUUGGUGAGACAGUACUACAAUCAACAUUUACCAGUCAGUUAUUAAAUCUUGGGAGCUAUUCAUCUGUCCAGCCUGAGGAGUAUUCCAGUAUAGUUAGUGAUGUUGUACUUCAGGACUUACUGGCACAUGUAUCUUCAAAGCAUUCCUAUCUCCGAGACCUCCGUCUGAGGCCGCCCCAGGAAGUGAGCAGUGUGGAGUUCGUGGCUCUGGAGCAGCUCCAGCCCGGUGUGCUAGUCCAUGCGCUGCUCAGAGUGGUGGAUGUCACUGUACUGACAGAGGCGGUAUAUAGUUAUAGAGGACAGAAGCAAAGUAAAGUUCUGUUAACAGUGGAACAGGCCCAAGGUCAACAUUAUGUGCUUAUAUUAUGGGGUUGUGGAGCAGCCUGGUACCCUCAACUUCAAAGGAAAAAAGGAGUGAUUCUAGUCAAAGUCCAGAUUUUAGAGCUAGUGUUUCAUGCUACAACAGCCCAGCAAAUAGUUAUAAAUGCUCACAGUUCUCUGAAGAGCAUUUUCUCUUCUCUUCCCAACAUCACGUAUACUGGCUGUGCAAAGUGUGGAUUGGAACUAGAAACAGAUGAGAACAAGAUCUACAAACAGUGUUUUAGCUGUUUGCCAUGUACUACAAAGAAAAUAUACUACAGGCCAGCUUUAAUGACCAUAGCUGAUGGACUAUCUAAGGUCUGCGUUCAUGUAGGAUCAAAGGUGAUGGAGAAGAUUCUUCUCAACAUUUCUCCUGACUGGCUCAGCAGAGUUAUAGCCCCGCCCUCGGAGGUCACCUAUGGCUUGGUUGCAGCAGACGUGCUCCACUCCUUGUUGGCAGCCUGCGGAGCACCUUGCGUCCUGAAGGUGCAGAGCCUCUUCGUGUUGGAGGAAAACAGCUACCCGCUGCAACAGGACCUCUCCUUGCUGGACUUCUCGCCUGCCUGGGGAGCAUGCUCCUAGCCCUCCCUGAGGCCAGUGGAGACCAUGGCACUUCAAGGAGAUCACAGAAAAGGAUUUGUUUCCAGCCCAAUGAAUGACAGGGCUUUUGCUUGGGGUUUUUAAAUACACAGGUGUAGGCAAAAGUAGGUUUAUAGUUGUUCAUAUGGAAAAUAAUACAAUAAUUAACAAAUCCUAUAUAAUAAAACUAUUUCCUGGGGGGGUCGGGCCUAAGCUGGCAGGUGGACUUCCCCUGAGGGGUCCCAGACUGUGAGAGGAUGCAGGUCAGCCUGAGGGACCUCUCCAAGUGCACGAAUUUUGUGCACCGGGCCUCUAGUAAUAUAAGAACACACUUUCACAUGCAACUGUAACCCUAUUUUUGCUCACCCUUGUAUUUUAUAAAGAGCUAAAUAAAGAUAUUUAAUAAAGAGCUAAAUAUGUAAAAUAAAACAUUUUUUUCUAAGAAAA